GCUGACCUGAGCACCGCACUCCCGCACCUCACUUUCUCGGAACGUGACAGAGCUGCUGUAGUCAGCCUCCAGCAGCCCGCAGCUCUCGGUGAAGAGGGCUGGGGUGGGAGAUGACGGUGAUUUCCUCCCUGCUUGGCCCAACACGAGCAUCGACUCCCCUCUCGCUGCCCCGGGGCUGCAGACGUAGCAGAGAUCUGGUUGGAGUUGGAGGGUGAAAGAAAAUGGAUUCGUUUUCUGAUUUACCUGCAGAGAACUUAACCAUUGCAGUCAAUAUGAGCAAGACGUUGUCCUCAACAGUAGUGCAUAGAUUUAAUUCCACUAAUGACCCACCUUCAAUGUCAAUAACGAGGCUUUUUCCAGCCUUACUAGAAUGUUUUGGCAUUGUCCUUUGUGGCUACAUAGCAGGAAGAGCUAAUGUCAUAACAUCAACACAGGCCAAAGGACUGGGAAAUUUUGUCUCCAGAUUUGCACUUCCAGCUUUAUUAUUCAAAAAUAUGGUUGUACUUAAUUUUUCCAAUGUGGAUUGGUCUUUCCUAUACAGUAUCUUGAUUGCCAAAGCUUCUGUAUUUUUCAUUGUCUGUGUAUUAACCUUAUUGGUUGCCAGUCCUGACAGUCGAUUUAGCAAAGCUGGACUGUUCCCUAUUUUUGCCACACAAAGUAAUGACUUUGCAUUGGGAUAUCCUAUAGUUGAAGCUUUGUAUCAAACCACAUACCCAGAAUAUCUCCAGUACAUUUACUUGGUGGCACCAAUAUCUCUUAUGAUGUUGAACCCUAUAGGAUUUAUCUUCUGUGAAAUCCAGAAGUGGAAAGACACUCAAAAUGCUUCUCAAAACAAAGUGAAAAUUGUGGGACUUGGACUUCUGCGUGUGUUACAGAACCCAAUAGUAUUUAUGGUUUUCAUUGGCAUUGCCUUCAAUUUUAUUCUUGAUCAAAAGGUGCCCAUAUAUAUGGAAAAUUUUCUUGAUGGACUUGCAAAUUCUUUCUCGGGAGCAGCUCUAUUUUACCUUGGUCUUACAAUGGUGGGGAAAAUAAAGAAACUGAAGAAGUCAGCAUUUGUUGUACUAAUUCUUCUCAUCACAGCUAAACUCCUGGUGCUCCCACUUCUGUGCAGAGAAAUGGUGGAACUCUUGGACAAGGGCGACAGUGUAGUGAACCAUACAAGUUUAUCAAAUUAUGCAUUUUUGUAUGGUGUCUUUCCUGUAGCACCAGGAGUGGCUAUCUUUGCAACACAGUUCAACAUGGAAGUAGAGAUUAUAACCUCAGGGAUGGUAAUAAGCACAUUUGUGUCUGCGCCAAUCAUGUACGUUUCUGCCUGGUUACUAACCUUUCCUACAAUGGACCCUAAGCCAUUGGCAUAUGCCAUCCAGAAUGUUAGUUUUGAUAUAAGUAUUAUCAGCCUUGUCUCCUUGAUCUGGUCUCUGGCUAUUCUUCUUUUGAGUAAGAAAUACAAACAGCUCCCACAUAUGCUUACAACUAAUUUACUCAUCGCACAGUCUAUUGUCUGUGCUGGAAUGAUGAUAUGGAAUUUCGUUAAAGAAAAAAAUUUUGUUGGACAGAUUCUGGUGUUUGUUUUAUUGUACAGCUCCCUGUAUAGCACCUACCUGUGGACAGGCCUUCUGGCAAUUUCUUUGUUUCUUUUGAAAAAGAGAGAGAGUGUACAAAUUCCUGUUGGAAUCAUCAUAAUAUCUGGCUGGGGAAUUCCUGCUCUCCUUGUUGGUGUUCUUCUGAUAACUGGAAAACAUAAUGGAGAUAGCAUUGACUCAGCCUUCUUCUAUGGAAAGGAGCAGAUGGUCAUCACAGCAGUCACCCUGUUCUGUAGCAUCGUGAUAGCUGGCAUAUCACUCAUGUGCAUGAACCGCACCACCCAAGCAGGACGCUAUGAAGGGUUCGACCAGUCUCAGAACCACAAAGCAGCAGAGCCUGGGAACGCUGCCUUUGAGGAGAGUCCAGGGCCAGCAAACGAACCAGAACCUUUUACAAGUUCUAUCCCAGAAACAGGUUGCUGCUCCUGCUCCAUGGGAAAUGGUGGAUCACACUGCCCGUCCGUUGAGCCGGUAGCAAACACAAGCACCAGUGGGCUUGUGACUCCUUCAUUUGAGAAAAAUGAUCAUUGUGUGAGUCGCUGUAACUCCCAGAGCUGCAUGUUAGUCCAGGAAGAAGAGCAGUAUCUACAGAGCGGAGAUCAGCAACUGACUCGACACGUGUUGCUGUGUUUACUUCUCAUUAUUGGCCUGUUUGCUAAUCUUUCCAGUUGUUUAUGGUGGCUAUUCAACCAAGAACCUGGAAGGCUCUAUGUUGAGUUACAGUUUUUCUGUGCUGUGUUUAACUUUGGCCAGGGAUUUAUUUCCUUUGGCAUCUUUGGAUUGGACAAACAUUUAAUCAUUCUGCCUUUCAAAAGAAGACUUGAAUUCCUAUGGAAUAAUAAAGAGUCAGCAGAAAACAGGGGUUCUCCUGUUCCUGAGGAAAUAAAAAUGACCUGUCAACAAUUUAUCCAUUAUCACCGUGACCUCUGUAUCCGAAACAUUGUCAAGGAAAGAAGGUGUGGUGCAAAGACGUCUGCCGGGACCUUCUGUGGCUGUGACCUGGUGAACUGGCUCAUUGAAGUUGGCCUUGCCUCUGACCGUGGUGAAGCUGUGAUAUAUGGAGAUAGACUGGUGCAAGGGGGAGUCAUCCAACAUAUUACCAACGAGUAUGAAUUUCGGGAUGAGUACUUGUUUUAUAGAUUUCUUCAAAAGAGUCCUGAACAGAGUCCUCCUGCUAUUAAUGCAAACACGCCCCCACCGGAAAGAUAUAAAGAGAUUGAGCAUUCAUCCCCAUCCCCUAGGACCUAAGUUAUGAAGGAGACAACCCUGGGCCAUAUUCUAGCCCCAGAUCUGUUUCUUAUAAGCUGUGUGACCUUGGGCAAAUCACAACCUCUCUGAAUCUCAGUUGCCUCAUCUGUAAAAUUCGGUGAGAUGUGUUCCUACCCCAUGCGAACAUUUUGUGAUUUCAUGUGUAUGGAAAACUCACAGGAAAC